GGGCGGGUGGGAAGGCCGAGCCGGGUGGGGAGGGCGCAGUACCCCCACGGUCCCGGCUGGCGCGGCCGGAGGAGUCAUUCCUAAAGGACCGACCCUCACUCCUCCUGUUGUUCCGAGGCCGCAGUGCGGAGAGGACCCAGUUUUCGCAGCGUUGUCACCUUGACUACUCUCCAGAACGGCCAUGAUUUCCCAGUUCUUCAUUCUGUCCUCCAAGGGGGACCCGCUCAUCUACAAAGACCUACGAGGGGACAGCGGUGGCCGGGAUGUGGCCGAGCUCUUCUACCGGAAGCUGACGGGACUGCCAGGAGACCAGUCUCCAGUUGUCAUGCACCACGAUGACCGUCAUUUUAUCCACAUCAGACACAGCGGCCUCUAUUUGGUGGCCACCACUUCAGAAAACAUUUCUCCUUUCAGCCUCCUAGAACUGCUCUUCCGGUUAGCCACCCUCCUGGGUGACUAUUGUGGCUCCCUGGGUGAGGGCACCAUCUCCCGCAAUGUGGCGCUUGUCUAUGAACUACUGGAUGAGGUGUUGGACUAUGGCUAUGUACAGACUACAUCCAUGGAGGUGCUGAGGAACUUCAUCCAGACCGAAGCUGUGGUCAGCAAGCCCUUCAGUCUAUUUGACCUCAGCAGUGUUGGCUUGUUUGGGGCUGAAACACAACAGAGCAAAGUGGCCCCCAGCAGCGCAGCCAGCCGCCCCAUCCUCUCCAGCCGCUCUGACCAGAGUCAAAAGAAUGAAGUGUUCUUGGAUGUGGUGGAGAGAUUGUCUGUACUGAUAGCAUCUAAUGGCUCACUACUGAAGGUGGAUGUGCAGGGAGAGAUCCGACUCAAAAGCUUUCUUCCUAACGGCUCUGAGAUGUGUAUUGGCUUGACGGAAGAAUUUUGUGUAGGAAAGUCAGAACUGAGAGGUUACGGGCCAGGAAUUCGGGUUGAUGAAGUCUCAUUUCACAGUUCUGUACAUCUGGAUGAGUUUGAGUCUCAUCGAAUCCUCCGUUUGCAGCCCCCUCAAGGGGAGCUUACCGUGAUGAGGUACCAACUCUCAGAUGACCUCCCCUCGCCUCUCCCCUUCCGGCUCUUUCCCUCUGUGCAGUGGGACCAGGGCUCAAGCAGGCUUCAGGUUUAUCUGAAGUUACGAUGUGAUCUACCUUCCAAGAGCCAAGCUCUCAAUGUCAGGCUGUACCUUCCCCUGCCACGAGGGGUGGUCAGUCUGUCUCAGGAGCUGAGCAGCCCAGAUCAGAAGGCCGAGCUGGGGGAAGGAGCCCUUCGCUGGGACCUACCUCGAGUACAAGGAGGCUCUCAGCUCUCGGGCCUUUUCCAGAUGGAUGUCCCGGGUGUCUCUGGGCCCCCUGGCCAUGGACCUUCCUCCUCGGCUCCUCCAUUAGGACUGGGCCCUGCCAGCCUCUCCUUUGAACUUCCCCGGCACACGUGUUCCGGCCUCCAGGUUCGCUUCCUCAGGCUUGCUUUCAGACCGUGUGGCAAUGCCAAUCCCCACAAAUGGGUACGACACCUAAGCCACAGCGAUGCCUAUGUCAUUCGCAUCUGAGUGUCCCCAAGUGACGGCAC